UGUAUCUACAUGAUUAAGUAAAUUACAUGCGAAAAGAUAUAAUGCUUCAUUUGGAUUACAAAAUGUAGAACUUAAUUUUCUCAGAUACCUUAGUGUCUAAAUGAGUGGGGAGACGAUAAUGAUACACUUAAAGUCGCUACAGGUAAAACCACGCCAGUCAUCGCGUAGUCUUAGAGAACGUCAGACGUAUCUCUUUGUAACUCUCGAUAAAGUUCAUAAAGUAAUAAAGUAUAAUAACAUUUGAAGUUUUCUUAUAUGUGACACAUAUAAUAUUUGAUAUCAUGUAUGCUUUAUAUCAUGUUUUAUAAAUUAUUUAAAAAAUUGAGAUCAAAAGAAUUUAUAACAUCUCAAUUCAUUUUAAUAAAACAAGAUUGUUGUGUUUUUUAAAUUAUAUUCCUUUAAUUAAUUGAGUCAAUUAAAAAGCUGGAAAAAUUUGUAUUUAUAAUAAAUUACAUAAAUUGUUGAAUUUCUCAAAGAAGAAGAUGUUUUAGUUGCAAACUUGAUUAGCGUGCAGCAAACAAAACGUCAAAAGUUUAACAAAGUUAAAUUGUUCAGCCGCUGAUCGAAUAUUCAUCACCAUUUCGCAAAAUGGUGCAGCAAGAGGCGGUGGUCGUGAGAAACGCCAUAAAGCGUUAUGGGAAAAAACAAUUGGUGCUCAACGGUCUGAAUAUGACUGUUGCAAAGGGUUCUAUAUAUGGACUAUUAGGGGCCAGUGGAUGCGGCAAGACCACCCUGUUGUCCUGCGUCGUCGGGGUUCAGCACCUCAGCAGCGGAAAGAUAUGGGUCUUAGGAGGAACUCCGGGCAGCAAGGGCUCCGGUAUUCCUGGGCCUCGAGUCGGUUACAUGCCGCAGAAUAUCUCCUUGGUCGGAGAGUUCUCUGUGAACGAUGCCUUCUAUUACUUCGGCAGGAUUAAUGGAGUUGACGAUGACGAAAUCGAGAAGAGACAGACGUUCUUCUCAGAGUUGCUCCAACUACCCCCGGCAAAUCGUCUGAUAAAGAACAUGAGUGGAGGUCAACAAAGAAGAGUCUCCUUUGCUGCCGCGUUGAUACACAAGCCUGAACUCCUAAUUCUAGACGAACCCACUGUGGGCUUGGAUCCAGUUUUAAGGGACAACAUUUGGACUUAUAUGCUGAAGAUCACACAGGAGGAAAAUAUCACUGUGCUGAUCACGACGCAUUAUAUCGAAGAGACUAAAGAUGCUAAUAAAAUUGGUUUGAUGAGAGGUGGUAAAUUGUUGGCGGAAUCGCAUCCGCGUGAAUUGCUGGAGCAAUUUCAAUGUUCACUUUUAGAGGAGGCUUUUUUAAAAAUGUGCCAGACACAAGAUAAUGCCAGUGCCUUAAAUAAAAGGCACCAGGAAUCUAGGAGAAAUACUAAUGAAAGUAGCGAUGUUUUGCAUCAAGACUACAAUCAAUAUCAGCAAACAAAAGAAAUCUCGGAGUACAAAGCGAUUCCGGAACGUCGAGUUUCGCGAUUGAAAAGGUUAAAAGCUCUAUUAGCAAAAAACGGCAUCCAAUUUUUGCGUUAUUACACAGGAUUAUUUUUCGCAGUGAUCUUCCCGAUACAAAUGGCGUGCAUGUUCCUUAGUGCAGUUGGCGGUGAUCCGAAAGACAUUAAGAUUGGGGUUAUCAAUGAUGAAGCUGGCAAUUGCGAUUUUGGCAGCAAUUUAGGCAAUGUUUGGAAUGACAAAAUCGUCUGCCAUUUUGGUAACCUCAGCUGUAAAUUUCUACACAGUUUUGACGAUUUCAUGAUGCAGGAACAUUAUGAUAAUUUCUCCGAGGCAAAUCUAGAUGUACAGAAUGGAAAACUGAGGGGUAUAAUAUAUUUUAGUCAAAACUUCUCCGAAGGUUUACAAAUACGAGGAGAAGAGGCUGUUUUCACAAAAGAUUCCGAUCUUUAUGCCAGUCAAAUUCAAGUUUUCCUCGAUAUGUCUGAUAGAAUAAUUGGACUUUUCAUGCAACAAAAACUAAUGGAUCAUUUUUUUGACACUUAUGAGGAUAUUAUGAGAGACUGCAAAUAUCCAAUAAAAUUGGCUAAUCCACCCAUUCGAUUUGAAGAUCCUAUUUAUGGUACAAUGGAUCAGAAUUAUAGAGAUUUCAUGAUACCAGGAUAUAUGUUAUCACUCGCUCUGUUAUUGGCCAUGUCAGUCUCUACCACCUUGUUAAUUACAGAUCGGUUGGAAGGUGUCUGGGAUAGAAGUCUAGUCCAAGGAGUUAAGACAGAAGAAAUUCUGCUGUCUCAUAUUCUUAUUCAGGGCAUCAUCAUAGUUAUUCAUGCUAUCGUAAUAACGCUCAUUACCUUUGCUAUAUGGGGUGUGGAGAGUAAAGGAUCGAUAAUCAUCAUAAGCUUCUUUAUAUUUCUCAACGGCUUUUGCGGAUUGAUGUUCGGUUUCAUCAUCUCUGUUGUAUGUAAAAAUCACAGUGCGGCGCAUUACGCUUCAACAGGAAGCUUCUUCCCACUAAUAGUGCUUAAUGGAAGUAUAUGGCCCUUAGAGGGAAUGCCAAAACUACUUCGCUGGUUUAGCUACGCAUUGCCAACUACCACGCCCUCCAUAUCUGUAAGAGCACUUAUCUAUAAAGGUUAUUCUAUAUUUGAUUGGCAAAUUUACAGUGGCCUUUUAGUAAGUUUAGGAUGGAUAUUAUUUUAUUUUAUCGUAACUGUAAUUCGUUUAAGACAGAAAUCCUCGUAA